GUUAAUUGCUCGAAGCCGGGUUGUAGGAAUAAUGACGAGUGUGGGAGGGGACAAUCUUGUUGUAACAAAAAAGAGGUACAGGGAGAUCGCAUUGGAGCUAGAUGUGAAGCUGACACAGAUUGUGCUAGUCGUGAAUGUUGCCAUGAAGAGAAGUGUGUUAAAUGUUCUAGCCUUCAGUGCUCUUCCAAUUCUGCCUGUGGCGCUUUUGUCGUUCCUCUUGCAUUGGAGCUAGAUGUGAAGCUGACACAGAUUGUGCUAGUCGUGAAUGUUGCCAUGAAGAGAAGUGUGUUAAAUGUUCUAGCCUUCAGUGCUCUUCCAAUUCUGUCUGUGGCUCUGGAUAUUGUUGUAAACGACGGUAUUAUUACGACAAAAGUCGGUGUAUGACAGCUGGCUGUAUUGGCCAAACAUGCGCUCGAAGUAGUGACUGUGGUGGCUUGAACGAAUGUUGUAGAGAUAACAUAUGUGCAUAUUGUUCUGAGUCGAGGUGCAAAGAUAAUUCCGAAUGUCCUCUUGGAGAAUAUUGCUGCAAGAGAAACGGACAGGCAAUGUGCAGACAAACUUGUGAGGGACAAUUUUGUAACGCAGCUAAAGACUGUGGCGCUCCAGGAGAAUGUUGCAUUGCAAAUAAAUGUACAACAUCUGGAUGUCACUGUAACUCUAAUUCCGAUUGUAAAUUUGGUGUAUACUGUUGCACGUAUGCUUGCAAUUCUAGUUGCAUUGGAAAAGGGUGUUUAUGGGACAACGAUUGUGGAGCUCCAGGAGAGGAAUGCACCUAUCCAGACAGUAAUUGUGUUUAUAGUCAUUAUGAUAAAAAGUGCCCUAAACUACCCGAAAAGAAAUGUUUUAACAAAAACGGUUGUUAUUCCCAUGACGACUGCAAUGUAUUUGGUAGCGGUUAUUACUGCUGUAAAGGGCAAUACUCAUUUGAUGAAAGAAGCUGUAAUUCAAAUUGUCUCAAGAAAUUUUGUAACGAAGACAGUGAUUGUGGUGGUUCCAGUGAAUGCUGUGACUCUAAUAAUCAAUGCUACAAGUGUCCAAAUAAUGUUCCCGCAUGGGUAAUCGGCAUUACAGUCGGAAUUGCGCUAUUGAUUAUUACUGCGGUUGGUGUUGUGUUCAGAUAUAUUUAUUCCAAACGCAAGCAGGAAAGGAUGGAAACUCAACCGUCUCAAACAGGUGUUAUAGAAAUGGAAUUCCAACAGAAUAACCGCCACCAAAAUAUCUAUAGUGCGGGAUUGCAAAGCACCGUUGGUGCUUGGUUUGUCGACGAUAUCCAAUCUUCCCUGCCAACUCAACCUUGGACAGGGAUUUUACCCUCCCAGACGUGACUGUCUUGCAACAAAUGCCUGUUAUGCCAUUCCAAAAUUUAGGAAUAAAUAAUCUUGGCAACGUAGAAUCCAAUAAAUCACUUGCAGGAAAUAGGAAUGACGAUAAUGAAACAGUAAGUCUUGCAACAAAUGCCUGUUAUGCCAUUCCAAAAUUUAGAAAUAAAUAAUCCUGGCAACGUAGAAUCCAAUAAAUCACUUGCAGGAAAUAGGAAUGACGAUAAUGAAACAGUAAUUCCAAGUGCUCCUCCCCCGCCCUAUCCUGUUACGCCCCCUCCGCAUCCUCCUCCAACUUAUCAAAACCUAUUUGGGAACCGCUAGACUCUUGGGCACUAUAAUGAUAUAUCUACCACACCCAUUGCCCUUGCUCGAUUUUGGUAUUAAAAUUUUGCUCAAGACCUCGCAUUAAAAGUUGAUGGUGGUGGGCUUUGCCUUUGGAGAGAUGGGCUGAAAACACAUUCAUCCCAGGUCUUGAAUUGGAACUUCAAGACUCGGGAUGCCGGGUCUUGAGUUUCAAGUCCAAGACUUAUACCAAGUCUUGAACUUGCAAUUCAAGACCUUCUAGAGGCAAGCAUCCGCAGCUACCAAACUCAUGGAUCAAGCUUCACAUUUCCUUUUCGACAAGACAUUAUAGACAACGCUGCACUCUAAGUUAUGCGAACCUUUCAGAAAAUGGGUUGCUUGAUCUAAUGAAUAAAGAGUCCAGAAUUGUACCAUUUAACUAACAUUAAAUUCGUUUUUAAGAUAAUCAAUUAAUCGUGUCGAUCAGUGUUGUUGUUUAUAAUGUACAGUUAUUGCUAUGAAUUUUAAAUGUUUAAAUUUUUUAUCAGUAAAGCUGUAAAGCCUGGUUUCUAUAUGGUCGUAACGGUCGUAAAGAUUGAGUCAAAAUCUUUCUUAGCAGCGGAAUUACAACAUUUUAGAACUAAAAAUACGUGGAGUGAUUAUAACUAGAGAAUACUUAUAAUAUAUUUGUAGUUUACAAGCAACCUCGUACCCAAGGCUUCUGGUACGAGGUUGGUUUACAAGUACUAUAAACUAUUAUAAACUAGCCGUUGUAAAAGAUCGUGGCUCUAUUUUACGACCAUUACGAUCAUAAUGGAAACCAAACUUAAUUAAGGAAUCCUACACAGAACACAACAGAUUGUAUAAUGCCGGGAAUCAAAGGAAAUCUUGAGAUGAAAGGAAGAUUGGGACACGCGUUCCAAUGGACCAUUUGCGUAAUAGACUAAGUUUUGAUCUAGACAAAAAUUUCAUCACAGCUUGAAAGAGCAUCACAAAAUUAGUAAUAUUCCAAAGUUUCGUUGCGAAAUGUUGUAAAAUGCGGAUAAUAUAGCCUUGCGAAAUUUGCAAUUUUCAGUCA